UUGCCGCCCGUUGGCUUUGUUGUGGUGUGACGUUGGUGCUGGGAGAACCAGCCUGGAAUUACUGGAUGCCGAUGGAAGACGCGAUGGACAAAUUUGAUGAUAUGGCUUCUGUAAGCGAGUUCGACCCUAUUCAAGGAAGCAUCCCGGCCACUAAAGUGGAGAUUACCGUGUCCUGCAGGAAUCUUUUGGAUAAAGAUACAUUCUCAAAGUCUGACCCACUUUGUCACAGUACCUUUGGGACCUUAAAACCCCGGAAUACAGAACCUACUACUGUAAAAAGGGGGCAUGGCUUGGCCUCCAACAUUGAUCAUUUACUUCGCUGGAAGACCCCCAGAACAGGUACACUCCGGAUUUCUCAGGAGGCCAGAUUCAGAAGCUCAGGCCAGAAAUGCAGAACUCCUGGGCAAGUAUGUGUUCUAUAUGUACAAGGAAUUGAGACUAUACAGUGGAGAGAGUUUGGAAGAACAGAAGUAAUCGACAACACCUUAAAUCCAGACUUUGUACGGAAAUUCAUUCUAGAUUACUUCUUUGAAGAGCGGCAAAAUCUCCGAUUUGAUUUGUAUGACGUUGAUUCAAAAAGUCCAGAUUUAUCGAAACAUGAUUUUCUGGGACAGACAUUCUGCACUCUGGGAGAAAUUGUGGGCUCAUCAGGAAGCCGAUUAGAGAAACCACUAAUUGGAAUUCCAGGAAAGAAAUGUGGGGCAAUCAUACUGUCGGCUGAAGAACUUGGUAAUUGUCGGGAUGUUGCAACAAUGCAAUUCUGUGCCAAUAAACUUGACAAGAAAGAUUUCUUUGGAAAGUCUGAUCCUUUCAUGGUUUUCUAUAGAAGUAAUGAAGAUGGAACCUUCACAAUUUGCCAUAAAACAGAAGUGGUGAAAAAUACCUUGAAUCCUGUGUGGCUGCAGUUCUGUAUUCCAGUGCGAGCCCUCUGCAAUGGUGACUAUGAUAGAACGAUCAAGGUGGAGGUAUAUGACUGGGACAGAGAUGGGAGCCAUGACUUCAUUGGGGAAUUUACAACAAGCUAUCGAGAACUUGCCAGAGGACAAAGUCAGUUCAAUGUUUAUGAGGUAAUAAAUCAAAAAAAGAAAAUAAAGAAGAAGAAAUAUGUUAAUUCAGGAACGGUUACAUUGUUAUCUUUCACAGUUGAAUCUGAGCAUACAUUCCUCGAUUAUAUUAAAGGAGGAACACAGAUAAAUUUUACAGUGGCUAUCGAUUUCACAGCUUCUAAUGGAAAUCCGUCUCAGUCCACCUCAUUACACUAUAUGAAUCCUUACCAGAUGAAUGCAUAUGCAAUGGCACUGAAAGCAGUGGGGGAAAUCAUUCAGGACUAUGACAGUGAUAAGAUGUUUCCAGCUUUGGGAUUUGGAGCUAAACUGCCUCCCGAUGGAAGAGUUUCACAUGAGUUUGCUCUGAAUGGCAACCCUGACAACCCAUAUUGUAAUGGUAUCGAAGGAAUUCUUGAAGCAUAUCACAGGAGUCUCAAGACAGUCCAGCUUUAUGGACCGACAAAUUUUGCACCAGUGAUUAAUCACGUAGCAAGAUAUGCAACAGCAGUACAAGAUGGCUCACAGUACUUUGUUCUGCUCAUUAUAACAGAUGGAGUUAUCUCAGACAUGGCACAGACUAAAGAAGCUAUUGUUAAUGCUGCUAAGCUUCCUAUGUCAAUUAUUAUUGUUGGAGUUGGACAAGCAGAAUUUGAUGCAAUGGUGGAAUUGGAUGGUGAUGACAUCAGAGUAUCUUCACGAGGGAAACUUGCAGAGAGAGAUAUUGUGCAGUUUGUGCCAUUCCGAGAUUAUAUUGACCGCACAGGAAAUCAUGUGCUUAGUAUGGCUCGACUGGCUAAAGACGUUCUAGCUGAGAUUCCAGACCAGUUUAUUUCCUACAUGAAAACCCGAAGCAUCAAGCCCAAUCCUGCCCCACCACCAUACACACCUACAGGCCUUGGUGUUCACACACAGAUCUGA